UUUACGAUGCUCGGCAGUUCAGAAUAUGCUGUUUUCUUUGGCUAGAGAUGCUGUCAGCUCUAGAGAAAAGCUAACACAGUUUGACCAAAACAUGGAGGCUGUGCUAGAGUUGCCAAAACAGCUCAAUGAGAAGAAGGACUCACCUGACAAGAAUGGAGGCCAGGAUCAAACGCAAGCCCAAGAUGGCAAUGUGAUGGCAGUCAAAACAGAGCCUGCAGAGCUCAGUAGAGAGGAUCCAUGUCAGUCCCCUUCUUUCCUUUGGGAGACCCUAGGUGGACAGUUCACGAAGUAUGAGGAGAUGGCUGCUUUCCUGAGUCCAGAAGAGAACCAAAGGCGAAUGCUGACUCUCUUGCGCAUCUUCCUGAAGGCCUGGGAUCAGUCAGCUGGCAAUAUCUGUUUCCCAAAUACCCAUCUUUUAGCAAGUGAGACUUCGAAGCUCCUGGCAAAAGAACUCAAGAAGAAAUUGAAUGGGAAGCCUGCAGAAGUAGCACGACUGACAGUGUGGCAAUUUCUGCAAUGGAAAGAAGAGGCUGCUGACGGUUAUGUGCUCCUGAGAUCAGUCUACUUGCUUUCACUUGGUCAUUUGGAACAAGGAAUCCGACGGAAUAUAAUCAAAUCUGGGCUCCCAUUCACACUGCUACAGUGUCUAUAUAUCUUCUUCGCCUUUCCCCUGGAGGAUGUUGGUGGCAACACUGGGAUGAGUCAAGCUGAACAUGAGGCACAGGAUAUGUUUGUGCAGACGAUGCUCAACAUUUAUGCAGAAGACGAAGGUGUAGAGGAGCUUCUUAUGGCCAUGGACCUUCAGUCCUUAAUUAUAGCAACAGCCUCCCUCUGGGACCAAGGCUGCCCUUGCUGGAAAGGCCCCACAAGCCGUGUGCUCCGAACAAUUUCAAAAGCCCAGUCCAAAAACACAAUUUCAUACCUGCAAGCCACAGAUUGCAUUAAAAUUUCCAUUCAGAAUUUAUCAAGGCUCGCUGACUCCCUUUCUCCUUGUGAUGUAUGUGAAGCGGUCAACAUCCUCCUGUGCUUUGUGAAAGAUUCAUACCUAAUCUCCCCUGCCUUGCUUUUAGAGUUUGAGAACAAUGGAGGCUAUCAACUCCUGUUGAAAGUGUUUCUCAGAUAUGAAGGUCUACUGAACAGUAAAGAAGACGCCAGUCUUAAAGAAACGCUGGACUUUGUGACACAAUUGACUGUUUGUGGGAAAACAGAACUGAAGGUUUCAGGAAAUAUCACACCCCCCCAGCUACCACAAUUUAAUGCUAAACAGUCCCUUUCUUCUGAAAAUACAGUGAGAAACCUGAAAGCUUUCCAGGUGCUAGAGUCCCUUUUUCGGAAAUCCAGUAACCCAGAGCUCUGCCAGUCCAUCUUACUAGGUCUGAAAUCUAUCUGGACCUGGAACUCCAUGAACUUCUUCCUCCUGGAAUGGUCACUACAGCCCAUUUCCCAGUUUGUUGGUACCAUCCCUCUCAAGCCACCUUUGGUCCAGAGAGAGUUCUUCCAGUUGGUAGAGUCAGUGGUGUUGGACCUCUCAUAUAUCCCCCAUGAAAUCCUGAAGGAGAUUCAGUGUUUGAUAAAGGAGAACCUUGAGCCACUAUGUACUUCACUAGCUCUGCGCUGCCUUCACAGCAUCACACAGAGGGACCGGCUCUUCACAGAUAUCUUCAGAGACUCAGGGCUCUUGGGAAUGCUACUUGCUCAACUACGCAAAGAAGCUAAGAUACUGAGAAAGAAAGGUACAACCCAAGUAGCACAUCAGGAUCAGAUUAUGAAAAGAGAGCUCAUCAAUAUGAUACUGAAGAUGGUGGCUGCUCUUAUUGGAGGAUCUGUUAGGAAUACAGUGAUUCUCAGAGACUACAGGAUGGUACCAUAUAUCAAGAUUUUUAUAGAUGAUGAGUUGUACCGAAGUGACACACUGACUAUCCUGGAGCAUCUAUCAGUUGUCAACCCUGAGGAGUACAUGAGCAUAAUUGUUGGAGCUUUGUGCUCUUCCACCCAAGGGGAACUACACUUCAAGCUGGAUCUACUUAAGUCUCUCGUAAAGACACUGGAUAAUCCCAAGGGUCGUUCGGCCUUCAGAACCAGCAGUGGCUUUAAUGGGCUACUCUCUCUUCUGGCUGACAUGGAAGGUGCAUUGCAGGACUCGCCUUCAGGCUUGUGGGCCUUGUUUGAUCAUAGCCACAUUAUGGAGCUCAUACUGCAUAUACUCCAAGUAAUAGCAAUUGCUAUCUACUUGGAUCCUGUCAACAGUGACUUUUUCCAAAAGAAUGGUCUCUUUGAGAAGAUGGCAGAGGACCUUGGCUUGCUAGGCUGUUUCUCAGCACAAAAAUGGGGACAGACUCCUGUACAGUUCAACAUGACACGGUCGUUUGCUGAGUUUUCACAUGCAGUUGUUUGCUCAUCAGAGGUUUUCCCUCCCUGUCUUAAAAACUGCAUAUUGAUAUUCAGUUUCCUUGACAAUAUGGCCAAGAAGAACCCCUUCUACAUCAAGAACUGCCUGGCAGAAGUGAAACUAGGUGUAGAGAAACUCACUCAAGAGGCAAAAGAAAAUCAACAAGAAGAAUCUGAAGAACUCAAAUACAGAUUAGAUGGUGAGGAUUGGGUGAUUGUGUGCCCUGGGGCUCUUUCUGUCAUGGUGAAACUGAUUUGCAAGCUCUACAAUGAAGCUUACCCAGAAUUAUCAUGGGAAAUCCAAUAUGCUGUGGCAAAUCACAUUCAGUCCUUGAUGAAGGUGGAAAAGAACCGCCAGCUGGCAUGUGGAGCUGGCCUGCUGGAUGCUGUCGUUACCUCCUGCUUAGAUGUGCUGCACAAUGCCAACAAUCCCUUGCAUCUGCCUCUAAUCAGGCUCUUUGAAAAACUUGCAUCCCAGUCAAUUGAACUCCAUGUCUUAAGACAGUUUCUUUGCCUCAGAACAACAUUGCUACCUGUAGCAUCUGGACUUAGUAGAAGGGUAUCCACAACUUCUCUGAGUCACAUAAGUGGUUCAUAUCAAGCAUCUUGGAAUGAAGGUUCAGAAGUAUCUAUAAUGAACGAUUCUGCAAAUCUUCAUCAUGCUUCCUCGGUCUCAGACACAUCCUGGAUAUCCAACAGCUCUGCAAUGGCUCUCCAGGCAGCCAUGAGCCUGAUUUCUAUGACAACUCCACGCAGCCUCAGUUCACACUGUGCCUGCCUGACACCUUCCUUUGUGGAAUUUGACAUGUCCCUGGAAGGAUAUGGCUGUUUGUUUCUUCCGGCAUUGGCUACUGUUCUGGGUCCCAACACUGAAUACUCCAUCAUGGGAGGAACUGGAAAAGGCCCCAGAUUAUUCCCCCCACUGGAUGGUCUGACUUUCUCUUCCUGGUUUCUGGUCAGCAAGAUGGGUUCUGUUCACAGUGCCCAUCCACUACGUUUCCUUACUCUGGUGCGUCACAUGGCGAGGACAGAAGAAGAAUUUAUCUGUUUCCAAGUGAGGUUUUCUCCCAUAGACAGUUGCCUGACCAUCUCCACUGAGGAAGUGGCAUUCCAAGCACCAGACAUUAUGGAACCUGAAUCUGAAGACCUUGGACAAUCUUCUGAAGUCCAGUUUAGAUGUGCUAACCUACUGGUGACCAAGCAGUGGAAUCAUCUUGCAGUGACUGUGGCAAAGGAAACGAAACGGAACUGUAUCAUUUCAGCCUAUAUAAAUGGGCAGGUAGUUGGCUCUGCUAAGAUGCAGUACAUACAGACUCUUCCAGGGACCUUUGUUUCCAUGGACUCCUCUUCAUUUAUUGAUGUCUAUGGCUAUGUGGCUACUCCCCGGAUUUGGAAACAGAAGUCUUCCUUGACUUGGUGUCAGGGCCCUAUGUACUUGUUUGAAGAAGUUAUCUCAGUGGAAGCUCUGCAGCUUAUUAUCAAGCUUGGUCCAAGAUACUGCAGCAACUUCCAAACUGUGGGCCUUGGAGGAGCAGGCUGCUGUAGCAGUGGACAGACUGCACCCUUGGUAGCACAGGAGAAGAUUUCUUUUGGAAUCAGCGCUAUGAUCUCAUUCUAUACCACAAUCAAAGAUAUAAAACACUGCUAUGGUGAGGUGGACAGUCGCCUAAUAGCAAAAGAGCUGGAGCUCUCCUCUCGUGACAAAGCAACACCAGUUUUCAUGGCUCAAAAUACUGCUGGAAAACUUCCAGGUCCUUUAAGAACUAUUGGAUCCGUUACUGUGGGCCAAUAUGGGACCCGAGUAUUCCAGUCCUGCCCAGCAGCUGUCAGUCUGAACUACAUUGGGGGCCCUGCUAUUCUGCUAGGUCUCCUUGCCGUGGCCCAUGAUGACCGUGCUGUGUAUGCUGCUGUCAAAGUGUUGCAUUCUGUUCUAAGCAGCAGUGCAAUGAGUGAAAAUCUAAUGAGACAGAUUGGUGGAUACCAGCUCCUGACAUACCUGUUGAAAAGAAAGAUCCAUUUGUUAAACAGCAGAAUUUUACAACUUGUCCUCUCCAUCGCUGGCAUUCCUGAGACCAGUUUGGAGUCCCCAACCGUCAACAACUUGGAGGCAUUCCAACAUAUUGUCUGCAGUUUUGAGCUCUGGUGCCAUGCCCCUGAAAAUCUGGAACUUUCUCUCUUUGCACACCUAAUAGAAAUCCUACAAUCCUCAAGAGAAGGGAGCUGGAAUGUGAAACUUGCUCAUCAGGUGCAGAUGGUACCUAAGCUCUUCCUUCUCUUCAGUGACCCUGAGAUUACUCACUCUCGCAUCAGCCGGAUCUGUGCAUUAUUGCCCCAUUUGCUAUGCAACCACUUCAGUAUCAAGGACAUCCUUUGGAUUGGCUUGUUCUUGGUUUACACUUUAUACCCUUCCUCUGUGGAUGAAAGACAAACCUGCCUGGAUGGUGCCCCAGAAUCACUUGGAGAUGGCUUAAGCCAAACAUCUGGGAAAAUGAUUUGCCUACGAAACCAGUUACUUAGAAUGCUGUUAGAUGUGAUGCAUUCAGAUAAACAUCAUCUAUCCUCUGAGAUCCAAGAACAAGUGUUCCAGACUCUGGGGCCUGACUGGUUCCUGAUGUUCACACAAAGUCAGGUGCAUCUAAGUACAGUUGUGCUGGCUGUCAAGUUGCUACUUCAUUUUCUGCAUAAUCGUAUGCUCCUGCAUAAAUUUAAAGAGGGAAUGAUGGCUGGUCUCUGGCUUGAAAACAGCUCAGUGGGCCUGAAUAUUUUAAUGGAUAAUUUAAAGAACUGCCCUCAUAUAUCUAAGUGCAACCCAUACUUGCUGUCUGGAUUUGAAGUGCUCAGAACGUUCCUGACCAAGUUUAUCCAUGUCCCCAAGAUCUUCUUUCUUCUGUCAGGACUGUUUUUGGCCACUCCAGUGUUUGAACCACCAGAUGAAACCAAGGCAGAUUUGGACUCAUUGUUACAGUGGCUGCUGAACAACCACUAUAUUGAUGCUGUAGCCAAAAUUGGGUUGUGUCCAGAGGGAGCAGUUCUGUUGCUAGAGAUGAUGAAGUCAUUAGUAAAACAGACACCAGCAGGUACAGAAGAUUCUUGGGAGAUCACCUACCCAGGGCACAUCUUGCAGUUCUUCUAUCUCGUAUAUCACAGAUACCCUCAAGAUCCCCUUUGGUACAACGCUGACUUCCUCCAAGCCUUGGCCUUGGUCAUCUUUCCCUCUGUGCUACCUCAGGGCAGCUGUAAGCAUGUUUCAUCUUCCAAUAGCCUGACUGCUGCCUCUGGCAGUGAAAAAAGUGAUGUCUUUCCUUCUUCUCUGCCCCUGCACCCUGCAAGGAAGCAAGUGUGGGACUUCAUACGCCUCCUCCUGAUGGAAUCAAUACUUCUUUUCUCAGCCCAUAGACAGUGGCACCCCUUGGAGUUGCUUCUUGAGGCUUCUGAAGAGAACUCCACCACUGAGCAGAAGAAAUGCUUCCAGACAGAGAUCCUGCUUUCCAUUAUAGAUAUCUUCUACAUAAUUGGUCAAGAUAAUGGGAAGACUUCAGUCUUAAGAGGGAACAGUGAUGCCAGAAGUACUUCAGAGUCAGCCAUGCCUUUAUUUAUUGUGAAUGUUUCCUAUUUUACCCAGAAGCUGGUAGAGAAGCUUUAUGCAGGCAUGUUUGCUGCUGACCCUAAAAAAGUUAUUAUCUUCCUUACAGAACAAGUGAUAAUGGUUACAGAAAAGCUUUUUCUCCAUAAGGAAGCAAUUAUAAGCAUCCUGUACAGCAGCUUAAACCGAGCCAUCUUGUACUACCUGUCUACUUCCCUAUCUGAUCAGCAAAAGCUCCUCAACGUCCUUCAUACUCUGCAAGAGCAAUGGGACAUCAUCUUUGCAAUACACAACUCUAGCCUGGACUUUAUCACCUGCCUUUUGCAUUGCUUGUCACAGCUGAGGCAUAUGAGCAAUCUAGAAAACCAUGAAGUAAAGUGGAGACCAUCUUCUGAUUACCAUAUUUUCCUGGGCCUGUGCAAAGAGGAGGGGAGGAUGAAUGAUCUCCCUGCUGUAAAGAAUGUUCAGCGAGACAUUUGGAAGGCUGUUGACGACAUAUGGAUUCAGCUUCUCUCUCAGAGAAGAAAGGAUUUGGAAGAUACAUACAAGAUGUCUCUCUCUACAGAGAUAAGAGAUAGGGAUGAGAAAGUGAAGAUGACUGACAUGAGUCCUUUGUGGGAAGAGAUAAUGAAAAAGGCUUGGAGGCAAUUCCUAGCAUCAGAAAAAAAAAAUCCCCAGAAUAAGGUUGCAGUUCCUUCUUCAAACAAGAUGAAUUUCUGGAGCAGAAGCUUGUCUUCUGCAGUGAAACUGACAUCAGGCAGGAACGUAAAGCCGAUGGGAUGCAAAACUAAGGACUUUGUAUCCUGUUUAGAAAAAUCCAGGAGAAGUGGCCAAGAGUUGUAUGCAGUUUUGUGCAAAGACCAAGAUGAGAGAUUGAUGUGUGUGUACAAUAAAUCAGCAAAAGCCUGGACAAAUCUUGAAGAGCAACUUUUUAGGAGAGGAGGCCCUUGGGGGUCUGCCUUAGUGCCUUCUGCCUCAAGAUGGGUUCUUGAUGGAUAUGAAGGCCCUGCCCGGAUGAGGAAGAGGAUUUGGUUCACUGCCACCUAUCAUACAGCUGUGUCCAUGAGGAACAAGGCUUAUCAGGCACAUGAUGGUACAAUAGCUCCAACUCCUGAGGAAAGUCAAGAUGAGCCAAUGCUAAAUGGAAGAGAAAGAGGGGCAGAUUAUGGCCAGCUGACUUUCUUUCCUGCCCUGCAUGAAAAUUUUCAUUUAGAAGGAUUGUUGGAAGUGUGCAUGGAAAGGAAAAUCAUCCUGCAAGAGUUUGUACAGGACGAAAAGAUUACAUGCAGACAAUCAGUGGUUAUUGUCCAGGGACACAUAGCAUUGGAAGGUGUGCUUCUCUUUGGCCGAGAGUAUUUUUACAUUUGCAAGCAUUUUACUUUGUCCCAGUUGGAGGAAGUUUAUUGCACAGAGCACUGCUUAUCCAGCAUCAGUGAUUCAUUCAUUUAUAGCUUGUGUCACAAAGACCAGGUCAUGCGACAGCCUACAUGCUCCUGCUAUUCAUACAGUGACAUUAAUGAGAUCCACCCAAUGCGCUUUCUUCUACAGGAGAUUGCCUUGGAAAUCUUCUUCAGAAGUGGCUACUCCAUAUUCCUUGUAUUCCACAACAGUGACAGGACAAAAACUCUGAAAAGAUUUUGUUCAGUGAAGCCUGAACUGAAAUCGAAAGGCAUCACAGAAGAAUCCAUUACUAUACGUACUAGAAAAGAGAAAACCAUGCUCUUGAAGUGGCAGAGAAGAGAAAUCAGCAACUUUGAUUAUCUCAUGUACCUAAACACUCUGGCUGGACGUACCUACAGCGAUCUUAUGCAGUACCCAGUAUUCCCGUGGGUCCUUGCUGACUAUCACUCCCAGACUCUGGACCUUACUAAUCGCAGUGCCUUUCGUGACUUCUCAAAGCCCAUGGGGGCACAGACUGCAGAGAGAGAAAAGAAAUUUAUCCAGCGCUAUGAAGAAGUAGAGGAGAGUGAAGGCAACCUCUCAGCCCAGUGCCAUUACUGCACCCACUACUCUUCGGCAAUGAUUGUGGCCUCCUAUCUGGUUCGCAUAGAGCCUUUCACCCAGAUCUUCUGCUCCCUGCAGGGAGGAGGUUUUGAUGUUGCAGACAGGAUGUUCCAUAGUAUGAAGAGCACCUGGGACUCGGCUUCAAGGGAUAACAUGACUGAUGUGAGGGAACUCAUCCCUGAAUUUUUUUACCUCCCUGAAUUCUUAACAAACUGUAAUCAGUUUGCAUUUGGAAGCUUGCGGGAUGGUACCUUGCUGGGUGAUGUGCAGCUGCCACCCUGGGCAGAUGGAAAUCCUCAUAAAUUUAUCAAUUUGCACAGACAGGCACUUGAAAGCAAUUAUGUCAGUGCCCAUAUCCAUCACUGGAUAGAUCUGAUCUUUGGCUCGAAGCAACAUGGCACAGCUGCAGUGAAGGCUGUGAACAUUUUUCAUCCCUAUUUCUACGGUGAUCGGCUACACCUGGAUAACAUCAAUGAUCCACUCAUCAAAAAAGCCAUCUUGGGGUUUGUCAGCAACUUUGGACAGAUCCCGAAGCAGCUUUUUACCAAAUCACACCCAUCCAGGAAUGCCUUGGGGAAGCAUCCACUGGGUAGAGAAAGUAUACUCUUCUCUUAUCCAGCAGAUGAAUUGUGUACAACAUUCAGCAACCUCCAUAACUUGAAGCUCUCAUCAGUUACCAUCAAAGAUGCACCAAAAGGACCUGUUGGUCACAUUGUGUGUACUGAAAAGGAAAUUUUGGCUGUAGGGAAGAACAAAAUUUUGCUCCCCCCACUGUGGAAUAAAGUGUUUUGUUGGGGAUUCAAUGACUUCACAUGCUGCCUGGUUGAUUCUGGAUCAGACAAGAAGAUGACCACAUUUGAAGCCAUAGCAGAUUGGGGAGGUUGCCUUUGUGCUGUGUGCCCUACACCAAAAACACUCAUCACCUCUGGAAGUAGCUCUGUACUAUGUGUUUGGGAACUCUCCAUGGCUGGAGAUGGAGCUGCUUGUUUAAAUCUGAAGAAGCCUUUGUAUGGACAUACACAGCCUGUGACCUGCUUGGCUGCCUCCACAUCUUACAGCAUAAUUGUGAGUGGAUCCGCUGACAGAUCCUGCAUCAUCUGGGACUUGAACCAGCUGACACACAUCACCCAGCUUCCUGCCCACGAGGCAUGCCUCUCAGCUGUUGCCAUCAAUGAUUCAACGGGUGAUAUUGCCUCAUGUGCCGGGACCACUCUCUGCGUAUGGAAUGUCAAUGGACAGCCUCUGGCCACAGCAGCCUUUAGCCUUGGAGGCACAAUUUCGUGUUGCUGCUUCAUUGAAGUGAUGGACUGGGAUGUGCACAGCCUCAUAGUCACUGGGAACACAGGUGGCACUGUACAGGUCUGGAAACUUGAAAAUAAUUCUCAUCUAUACCAGGACAUUAGAAGUAUAGUUUCACAAGAAGACCCUUCUGAAUGCCAAGUAAAAAAGGGUAACAAGGUGGAAAAACCAUUCGUUCUCUGUCAGGAGCUGAAUCUCAACAUGACUCCAUCAGAGAGGCCUUGCAAAAUCAUUCCAGCUAUCACAGCUUUGGCAGCUUCCCGGAAUUUUUCCAAGCUCCUGGCCGGUGAUGAAAUGGGAAAGAUCUACUGUUGGUCAGUAGAUGAGUAGGAAGAAGCACUGAGUGUUCCUUGUUAGCCUAACCUGGAUUGUUUUAAUAUGUGGAGAUGUGUAACUAUGGGAUGCACAGAGAGUUACAGUGAUGAAGCAGUGUGGACUGUUUUUGUCAGACAAGACCAGAUGUAGAUCUUUGGUAGCAUCUGUCGCAUCUCAGCCCAGUAUUUUAAAAUAUAGCAUGAGCCCAAAUACUUCCUCCUCCCAAAAUAUAGCAUGAGCCCAAAUACUUCCUCCUCCCAAAAGAUAGUAUGAGCCCAUAUACUUCCUCCCAUCCAGCAUGUUAAAGGAAAUGCAUUUAUUAUCAGUGUUUAAAGAAACUUGGCAGUUGUGGAACACGUUUCACCUAGUUUUUUUCCCCCUGCAACUACUAGCAGCCAUGGUGGGUUUCAAUUUGAAUAAGGCUGGAACACAGCGGAAAUGGUUAAUCCCCCCACAGCUACCAAUGCCAUAGCCCCAAUCAAACUGGCAGCCACCAUGGCUGCUUUUAGUUAAAAGAAAUCCAUUGGGAAAUCUUUGUCUCUGACAGCUCCAUUCUUUCUCCCCAUCCCACCCUGGUUCAGUUACCAUAGGUCUAUUUGUCUAGGGCAUGAUAUAACUUCUGAAGUGCCUUGGACAGGGGUCACCAAUGUGCCCACCACUAUCUCCUAUGGCACCUGCAAAAGGUAUCAGUAAAUAUUCCCUCAAAAAUCCACAAGACUGUUUGUUCUUCCUGUUUGCACUGGCUUGGCCUCUCCUACAUUGAACACAUCUCCUUAAAAAUGCCCACAUUUCAUUGGAUGCUAUGACUGGACACCCUCCCUCCAUUCUAUACUGAACAAAGGAAAUGUUGAAAGAGCUUCUGUCUGAGUGAGUGCAGAAGAAGCUGAUGUUCCCAUUCUUUUCCCAUUGAGGGGAGGGACUGAUGCCCGCACCAUUUGGUGUUCCUCUCUUUUUAGAUGUGGCAGCCAUUGUGUGUUGAGCCAUCCCCCCCACUGCAUUGAUUUUGUGACUGGUGCCCAUGGGACUUUCUCUCAGAAUUCCAAAUGUGGUCAUUGUCCCAAAAGGUUGGGGAUUGUAUUAGGAUUAAUACAAUAAAUUGUAUUAAACAUU